GAUGCUGUUUUUCCACUUUACCGGGAACUCGUGCUUUCCUCCCACCGUCUCCUCCGGCACAACAUCCCGUGGAGCUCUUCUGCGUCUUUGACAUGGAAACUUCUGAGCUUAUUUUAAUGUAGGUGCAACUUGAGGGGGAAAAAAACGGAGGGGACCUGUCCCGACAUCUAUUCCUCCAGUUAGUUGAGUUCAGGAUGCAGAAGAUGUGUUCAAAACCUUCGGCCAGCUGGAUCCAAGUUAAGAAAAGACACCGGGGGAAAGUUUUCUGAAGCGCACUGAGGACUGAGGUGGUGGUGGUGGAGGAGGAGGUGCAGGAGGAGGUGGGACCGACAUGAGGCUGUGUAACCGGGGUGUGAUGAUGCUGCUGACCACGGCGGGGGCUUUCUGCGCCUUCAGCCUCAUGACCAUCGCCGUGGGCACGGACUAUUGGCUGUAUUCCCGCGGGAUGUGCCGCUCCAAGAACCUGAACGACAACGAGACCGUCCGCAAGAACGAGGAAGUUCUGACCCACUCCGGCCUGUGGAGAACCUGCUGCACCGAGGGGACAUUUCGAGGAGUCUGCAAAGACAUUGAUCACUUUGCUGAAGAUGCAGACUACGAGCAGGAUGCCGCAGAGUAUUUAUUACGAGCUGUACGGGCCUCCAGCCUCUUCCCCAUACUCAGCGUCGGACUGUUAUUUCUCGGGGGCGUCUGCGUGGCUGCCAGCGAAUUCUACAAGUCGCGCCACAAUGUGAUACUCAGCGCUGGUAUACUCUUUGUCUCUGCAGGCCUCAGUAACAUCAUUGGCAUCAUUGUGUACAUAUCAGCCAACUCAGGUGACCCCAGCCAGAGCGACAACAAGAAGAGCUACUCCUACGGCUGGUCCUUUUACUUCGGAGCGCUGUCCUUUGUGCUGGCUGAGAUGGUGGGCGUCCUGGCAGUGCACGUGUUCAUAGAAAAACACAGACAGCUGCGCACAAAGGGCCGGCCCUCGCUCAUGAAGCCACCCAUUUCUCGCAGCUCGUCCUAUUACCGCAACCGGUACUACCAGAGCCGCAGCCGGCGAAGCAGUUACAGGAGCAACCACAGCGCGGGGGACUCUUUUCGAGCGUCGUCGAUGCGCGACCGAGAGACGUCCAUCUCGGCUGAGUCCAAAGCAAUGGCAGGUUUGCCGGCGCAGAUGACCGUGGGCUCAGAGUUCAUGCUUUACACCUUAGCCUCGCCUCUCAAGGAUGGUAAGAUAGACAUGGACGUGGAUGAUUUAUCAACUGCGGCUGCUCACAACAACUCAGAGAUGCUGCCUGGAAACUGCGCUUCCAACAGAAGGACCACACCAGUCUGACGGGAACUGGAUGAAACGCAAGAACUUCAGAAUAAAUGAGUCAUCAGACUGUCUUGAUAUAAAAGGGGGACCAGCGUUGGGAUGUUUUUUUCAGUAAAUUCAGAUGAAUCAUUGCUCAAAAGUCAAAAAGUAGGGGAAGAAAUCUCAAUUUCCCAGAACCAGACCAACAAAGCUCAAGAAUUUCAAUAAAAAGGUGAAAAGAACAUGUAUAAAACAAAGCCUCAUAUCUGAGGAGCUGGAAUCAGAUUUAGUCUUUUUGACUGAAUAUUUUCAACACUCCAUUUAAAGUAAUAAUUUUUCUAUCAACUGACCACUAGCUACAGCAAAGGCAAAAACAACUUGUGUCUCUGGUUUAAUGUUUCCAGGCUUUAAUCCAAAUAGAAGCGAGAUGAGAACAAGGACAAGAUACUCACAUUAUUUUUGUGCUCUUUGUGGUUUUGCUCUUCUCUGCAGUACAUAUUUAGCUUUUGUGUUUGAACGACUGCGGCAAUCAUUCAGAAAGAGACAGAAAGGAGGAGAUGUUCAUGAGAAUAAGACACAAUCGCAUAGAGACACAGGACAACACACACAUACAUCUGAGAAUGAAUGAUGUUGACAAAGUCCUGUUCCUGUCCUUGACCUAUGCUCAAAAUCAAAACCCCAUUAAAUACAUGAGAAGUCUUUCUAUCUUCCCUUCACUGGGUCUGACGUGUGUUGUGAGCGAAGAUUCUGCCCGUUAUGGUCAUGUCAAUGUGUGUCUGUUUACACUGAAUAAAGCUUAUA